GCUAAUAACCAAACCACAACUAUCAAAAUAUCCACUACAACAAUGGCCACUACUGAAUGUGAUAUCUUUUCUUACCGAAAGUCUCUAUGCACUUUAGACUCAAGCGCAUUCCGUGCCAGGACCUUCGUCCAUAGCAUUCUUACACUCACGUCGCCUUCACCAUCUGACUUUCCCACCUCAUCAAAGUCUGUUGACGGAGCCAAUAUACAGGAGAUGACGGAUGAAAAAAACUUAGUAGAGUGGACACCCCGAAUAGAUAACCAAGAAGACAUAAGUGCAGAUAUACUUGGGAUCGAGACAACUACCGUAAAUUUGACAGAGAUAGAAUCGCGACGCACCCUCGAAGAGCUCAAGCCAAACCAAUUUAAUGAAACUAAGUGCACUUUGCUGCUUACAACGAAUUUCAGAAGUUUAGGUAUUAUAACUUCACAGAUCAAUUGCACCGACUCCCUCAAAGGAUGUCUGCCGCAUCUUUGUGGUAAGAGAGGGUACACAGAGUUCACAACUUCUAAAUGUGCCAAAACAUGUGCGCGAUGCCAUGAUUCAUCGGGAUUGGUACAAUGCCAAGAUCGUCGCUCCGACUGUAAAGAAUGGGUGGUGGAGGGCUUCUGCGAGAGUACGCUUUACUCCACUCGUCAAAAGCUGAAGUUCUGUGGAAAAAGCUGUCAGCUCUGUUAA